AGAAUGAUCUCACAUUUCCUUCAGGAACAAAUGGCUUAAGCGCAGCAGAUACCCUCAAAACAGGUCUGGGUAUAUCUGUCAUGAAUUGAAAUUUAUCAAACUGUCCAGAAGACAGAAAUAAUUUGCCAUAUUUGCAACUAAAAUUUUGCAAAUCUUGGACAUGUUUCUUUUUUUUUUAGAGUUUUUGUAAAGUUUUGUGCUCUUAAAGCAAAGUAAACAUGGAUUUUAUGCCCUUUCUCUGUGUUCGUGCAGACAAAAAGGCUCCUGUUAAAUGCCUCAAUACAGCAAAGUUUACAUUAGUUUCUGACUCAGCAGGUGGUGAGUAUAAACGGAGGUUUAUGUUGCUGUGUUUGCUUUACUCCCAUACUGUAUUUGCUGUGUCCUUUAUGCUGAUUUAGCUGCUGCGCGUAAAUGGAAAGCUUUUACGCACCGCGUGUUCUCCUCAAAAGAGGUUUAAUUGUGUUUUCUGCUUGUCCCAAGCCUCGCCCGGUGUCUAAGUAGGCCUCCGGCGCUGGGGAUGUGAUGUGGAGAUGUAAUGGAUGCGGCAAUACCUCACCAGAUAAUAUAGAACGGGGUGGGGAGAGCGAGGCGUGCGUCCGGACGCUCACCGCCAACUCCACAGGAGGGAGACUCAGACAUCAAUAAGAUCUCGCUCACCAAUAAGAGAUUUUGAUGGAGUUUGGCUGCUUAAUUAAGUAGGUUACUUCGACUGUAUUGCGCUCCGUGAAUUCAUAAGAUUUAAUCUGAUGAACCCCCCAUGGGUAACAUCUGAGGGAAGACUCUCCAGCAUCCUCUUCCUCCUCCUUCGCGGGACAACAACGCUAAAUCCGGACACCCCAUUCAGGAGACGAGAUCUUCGGCAUUUUCUGUGAUGGCGAUUAACACGGAUGCUGUUUUUGAGAAGAGCGCCCUCGGCGACAGAGAAGUUUCCAACCCCACCAACUUCCAGGACACGGAGAAGCUGCUGGGCACCGGGACCACCGAGCCCAGCGGCCAGAGCAACCUCAAACCGUCCGACUCCUUCUCCCUGAACAUCCGGGGGAGCGUGCGCUCCCUCGACCCAGACCAAACCGAACCCAGCUCGCCUCUAAGGUCCGGCUCCAUUGGGCAUCUGGCGACCCCACCCAAGUCCUCGUCCCGGAUCAGCCUGGGACAGCUGUCCGCGGUGCCCCCGGGACCCCAACCCUCCAGCUACCUCUGGCUCGCUGUGCUGUCCUGCUUCUGUCCAGCAGUUCCUCUCAAUGCGUGCGCCCUGUGGUACUCGAAUGUGUCCAAGUCUGUUCUCCAAACGGGAGAUGUUGAGGGGGCAAGGAAAUAUGGGCGUCUGUCCAUGCUGCUCAGCAUUCUGGCAAUCGUGCUGGGUGUGGCAGUAAUCAUCUUCAUAGCAUAUACAAUAGAGGCGGCGACCUGAACUUUGGGACGGAAUGGGGCUCCUUUAACAUCAUCCAAUCUCAAAUUUGCACACAAGAUAAAAAGGAGAAAUAUCAGCUAUAAAGAAGCAAAAAAAGAUAAUAAAAAUGUUUUAUUUUUUCCUUUUAUGGACUGAAAAAGUGAAAAUCUCAAAUCCCAUAAUCUCUGGAGUCACAGAAGAGAAUGUCAUAGACUUUGUGAUGGGAGGUGAGCACUGGCCUGACAGACACUCUAUAAGAGCACCUCUCACACACAAACACCCAUUUAAUGGAAUCGUUUCCCAAAAAACAGGCACACAAAAAAUAUUUAAACUGGAUUUUUGGGCCACAGAAAGAUGCACGAGUCUCUUCCAUCCACAGUUGUAUAAAAUAACCUUUAUGAUAACAAAUUACGCUCAUAUUGUUGUAUGUUGCUUUCAUGAGAUAACUGUUUCCCCGUUCGGACCGGCGUUUGUGGAUCUCUUCCUUAUGUUUACAAUAUACUGCAAGUGAUGACUGGGACCGUCUCUCCCGCCUUGUAUGCACCGACCUCGGCACUCCAACGUUUAUACGUUUGUACGGUAUGACUGGUUUAUUGUGCCAUAGUUCUGCAUGUGAAAUAAACUUGACUGAGCAUGACAGA